AUGGAACCACAAAUACAAAGGCGAAGCAAAAGAAGAGGACGUUUCCGGAGAGCAACAGUCAAUUUUGAGAUUCGAUCAAGACCAUGGGCCCAUCAUUAUAGGAAAGAGAAGAACAGUGCAGAUAAGCUUGACAGGACAAGAGCGGAGGAGAGAAAAACAAAAGAUCUGCUUAUGGAAUACUAUUGCAAGAGCUUGUAUUCACCUGAGAGAGGAUGGUUCUUUAGGAUAAGAGAGAAUGAAGAGGAGAGAUCAAAAGUUAAACUCAGCGGUUCAAAGAGGAACGAGAGGGAGCUAUUCCUGACCAAUGAAUGCAUGAAUGUACAGCUAAAGGACGUAAAAGGAACAACUAGUCUUGAGAUUCGAUCAAGGCCAUGGGGACAUCAUUUCGGAAAGAGAACACGCUACGAUAUGCUUGACGGGCAAGAGCAGAAGAUAGAAAAUCCAAAGGUCUGCCCACAGAAUACUACUGCAAGAGUUUGUAUUCACCAGAGCGAGGGGGCUUCUUUAGUCUUCCACGAGGUGAUAUUGGUCGUGGUUCUGGUUCUUGCAAUUCAUGCAGGAUAA